AUCACUCAUGUGAUAUAUGAAAGCACAAGCUUCCUUCCAUCACCAUCAUCAUUAAUAGGCAAUUAAAUGGCUCUGAUUUGGUAUCUAUCACUUCUCUUUCUCACCUGUCUUCUUCUCGCCGCCCUCAAACGCAAGAAGCAGCAACCAAGACCACCGUCUCCUCCUGGUUUUCCGAUCAUCGGAAAUUUACACCAGCUCGGAGAAUUACCUCAUCAAUCUCUAUGGAGACUCUCCAAAAAGUAUGGUCCUGUGAUGUUUUUGAAGCUUGGAAGAGUCCCAACGGUCGUAGUUUCUUCCUCUGAAACUGCAAAACAAGCUCUGAAAAUCCAUGACCUCCAUUGUUGUAGCCGUCCCAGCUUAGUAGGGCCAAGAGAACUCUCUUACAAUUAUCUGGACAUCGCUUUUGCUCCCUUUGAUGAUUACUGGAAAGAAGUCAAGAAACUGUGUGUGCAAGAGGUCUUCUGUGCUAAACGAGUUCACUCGAUUCAACCCAUCAAAGACGAGGAGGUCAAGAAACUGAUCGAUUCAGUCACGGAAUCAGCUUCUGAGAAAACACCGGUUAACUUGAGCGAGAAGUUUCUUUCUUUAACUGUAGGCGUGAUAUGCAAGGCAGCAUUUGGUGUGAGUUUCCACGGGACUGUGCUCAACAAUGACAGAUUCGACAAGUUCAUCAACGAAGCAUUCUUGUUUUUAGGGAGCUUCUCUGCCUCGGAUUUUUUCCCAAAUGGUGGCUGGAUCAUCGACUGGCUCACUGGUUUACAAGGGCGGAGAGAGAGAAGCGUGAAAGAUCUUGAUGCGUUUUAUGAACAAAUGUUUGAUCUACAUAAAGAGGAAAAAGAUAGAGAGAGUGAAGAUUUCGUGGAUUUGCUCUUGAGAUUUCAGAAAGAAGAAUCUGUUCUUGGAUAUGGCAAGCUCACAAGAAACCAUAUCAAAGCAAUCUUAAUGAAUGUUCUUAUAGGAGCCAUCGGUACUUCUGCAAUAACAAUGACAUGGGCAAUGACAGAACUUAUGAGAAACCCACGAGCAAUGAAGAAAGUUCAAUCCGAAAUCAGAAAUCAAAUUGGUAACAAGUCAAUGAUCACCUUGGAUGACAUAGAGAAGCUCCAUUACCUGAAAAUGGUUGUCAAAGAAACAUGGAGGCUACACCCUCCAGCACCUCUUCUGGUUCCAAGAGAAGUAAUGUCUGAAUUUGAGAUCAAUGGGUACAAGAUUCAACCAAAGACACGGCUUUAUGUGAAUGUUUGGGCUAUUGGACGUGAUCCAGAGACCUGGAAAGAUCCAGAGAUGUUUCUCCCGGAAAGGUUCAUUGAUAAUAACAUUGAUGUAAAAGGACAGAAUUUUGAGCUGUUACCCUUUGGAGGCGGCCGGAGACUCUGUCCUGCCAUCUACAUGGGAACAUCAAUGGUGGAGUUUGGUCUUGCGAAUAUGUGUAUCAUUUUGACU